GAGCCACCAUGACCCACGCUGGGCCGGUGACGUUCACAGACGGUCUACCUCUGCCACAUCUCAUCGCUUUUGAUCUGGACCACACAUUAUGGCCAUUCAAGGUCGACGCGGAUGUCGGCGAGCCGGUCGAGGCUCGCAACAACAAUUUACGCGUCGUAGACCGACGGGGUAAGUUCUUCGCCUUCUAUCCAGCUGUGUCCUCAAUCCUCUCCUCCUGCAAGGAUCGCUCAAUCCCCUUGGCACUCGUUUCACGGAGCCAUGCUCCCGAUUUGGCCCUUGCCAUACUCGAAGCCCUGCACAUCAAUCCCGCGUUCUCGGAUAACACCACCACUCUCAAUACAUCCUCUCUGUGCGCGCGGAACUACUUUGACUACAUCCAAAUUGUCCCUGGGACCAAAACGAAACACUUUACGCGCAUCCACCAUGCCAGUGGCAUUGCCUAUGAGGACAUGUUGUUCUUUGAUGACGAGGCGCGUAACCGCGACGUGGAGACUGAGCUCGGGGUCACAUUCUGUUUGAUUAGAGGUGGAAUAGCUAGGGACGAGGUGGAUCACGGAGUCAGGGCAUGGCGGAAGCGGAAUGGAAUUUGGACAGAAGACGACUGAUGAUGAGUAACGGCUGUUUUGCAAUGCCUUUGCCUUUCCAUAUAAGGAAUGCUUCUAUAUAGUGGUGAACACUGGCCACUACCCGUAGAUAUGUACAUCACCCAUAGAUAGACUGGUUUAGUUUUGCAAGUGCAAUAGACAAGUAAUAUUUAGCCUGACUAUUGUUGACCUACGAUACUG